AUGGAUUCUGCUCUGUUUGUUAUUUUAUUUUUUGCCUGUUUUACAUGCACCUCUUUUGCUUAUCAAUUUAAUGUUGGAGGCAAGACUGGAUGGGUCGUGAACCCUUCUGAAAAUUACAAUAAUUGGGCUGGAAGAAUGAGAUUUCAAGUCAAUGAUACUCUCUUGUUCAAAUACAAGAAAGGAAUGGAUUCUGUGCUGGUGGUGAAUAAAGAUGAUUAUGAAAAGUGUAAUACAGAGAAGCCAAUAAUCAGAAUGGAAGAUGGAAAUUCAGUGUUCAAGUUUGAUCGAUCGGGGCCUUUUUAUUUUAUUAGUGGAAAUAAAGGGAAUUGUGAUAAAGGUCAAAAGAUGAUUAUUGUUGUUUUGGCUGUGAGGAACUAUAACAAGCCACCUUUUGUGCCGGUUCCAGGAAAGGCUCCGCCUCCGAAAGGAGGUGCCGGCCAUGCUCCGUCAGCUUCACCACCAAAAGGGUCUUAUCCUGGUUCGCCGUUACUUUCUCCGGGGUCACCAUCUGGACCAGCCAUGUCACCAUUUCCGGCAGGGAAACCACCGCCAACGGCCCUAACACCGGGAUUGUCACCCUCUCCGGCAGGCCAUGGCAACGUUCCAUCUCCCGGAUCCACCUCUCCAUCGCCUUCUCCGGCAGGCCAUGGCAACGUGCCAUAUCCCGGAACCACCUCUCCAUCGCCUUCCCCGGCAGGGGUGCCAUAUCCCGGAACCACCUCUCCAUCACCUUCUCCAGCAAGCCAUGGCAACGUGCCAUCUCCCACGGCCACCUCUCCAUCAACCGGUGGUUCCGCCACUUCUCCAUCGAUCUCUCCAAGUCCUGCCAACAUGCAAUUUACCCCGGCAACCUCUCCAUCGCCGUCUACCGUAACUCCAUCGACGCCUGGGUCAAUUUCACCGUCACCUUCGUCAACCACGCCAGGGCUACCGGGUGUAUCUCCUCCAGGGACCAAUGGCACUUCUCCGAGCUCCGGUAACAAUACGGCGAACGAUAAUACAAACGGUGGUUCACAGUCUUCAAUGUCGACGGUCUCACUUAUCUUAAGUGUGGCUUUAUUGUCUCUCCUUAAUUAG